AUGGGUAGCGAUACGAAAGAAUUGUCUCAAUCCAUCAGCAAUCUCUCUCUUAGCACCGUCGCAAAGCGUAGAAUGCGCACAUCCAAGGAGGAGAUGGCUAUUUUGGAGCAUUAUUUUAGUCAAAACAGAAACCCCAACACUGAAAAAAAGAAGGAGAUAGCUAAAGCUGUUCAGAUGACUGAAAAAAGUGUUCAUUUUUGGUUUCAAAACCGACGAGCCAAAGAAAACAAAAAGAACAAGACGACGGGCCAUCACCAAAAGAAGAAGAGCAAUGGUAUCAAGUCGCCAGAGCAAUCUCAUCUUCCCAAGCAGGCUCAGUUACCCCAAGAGCCACCACAACAACAGCAACAAACUCAGCCAUCAUUGGUAAAUGCUGUUGGCACCUCUGGCAUGAGAAAGAAGGACAAGCAGCGCACUCAGUUGCCUCCCAUUUCUUCUUUUGUUCGCUGCCAUCGUCAUCCAGUCGGUCUUGACAUCUCUUACUAUUUCUAUCAUAGCGCAUUCGGCAUUGAAGAUAGCAUGAGACAGUGGUCUGAUUACCAUCAUGAUCAUCAAGCACAUCACUAA